CCUCUGCUCAUAAAAGGUAUGUGCAACUGUUCUCUCCUGCAUUCCUCUCAGAAUGGAGCCUGUGCUGGAAUAUUUGGACUGGACAUCAGUGGGCUUGGCCCUGCUGGGUAGUAUGUUUGCUCUGCUUCUGCUGGAGAUCUUCAGGUUGAAUUCCUACAGGAGCCUGAGCCCCCCUGGACCCAGACCACUGCCCUUUGUGGGGAACCUGCCUCAGCUCUCAAAGGAGAAAUUGGCCUUCAUCAGAUCGUUGCCGAAAUAUGGUGAGAUGUGCUCCAUAUUCCUGGGCAAGAAGCCAACAAUCGUACUGAACAACAUGCAGCUUGCAAAGGAAGCCUUUGUUCAGAAUGGGACCGUGUUUUCUGGGAGGCCACUUCCACCUUUACAAGCGUGGAUCAACAAAGGCCAUGGUAUCAUCAUGGCCGAUUAUGGUCACUCUUGGAGGCAGCAGCGCCGCUUUGCUCUACACACGCUGCGUGACUUUGGUCUGGGAAGGAAAAAUGUGGAGGAACGUGUGGCUGAGGAGGCACAUUACCUCAUCAAGGAGAUGCUCAAACAAGAAGGGAAGCCUUUUUAUCCCAUCCAUCAAUUCAUGAAUGCUGUUUCCAACAUAAUCUGCUCCAUCAUCUUUGGAGACCGCUUUGAGUACAACGACAAGCGCUUCGCUAAGCUGCUAGAAAUCCUGAAUGAAAAUGUUCGGUUUGCCGGAUCAACAAUGGCACAGAUCGUCAACUUGUUCCCUGUUUUGCUAUACUUACCUGGCUCGCAGCAGACGAUGCUGCGUAAUGUCCAAGCUUUAAAAAAAUUUCUCCUUGAAAUUGUGGAGGAGCACAAGAAAACUCUUGAUCCAGACAACCCUCGGGACUUCACUGACGCUUACCUGAUUGAGAUGACCAAGCAAGAGUCAAAGGAAGACUCUACAUUCCAUGUGGAGAACAUGAUGAGGUCAAUCUUUGACCUGUUCUUGGCUGGGACUGAAACUACAGCAAAUACCCUCAGAUGGGGCCUCGUUUACAUGAUGAUCCACCCCGAUGUGCAAGAGCGCUGUCAUGAGGAGAUCGUUCGGGUACUGGGUUUUGACCGCUCACCUUGCAUGAAUGACCGCCCACAGCUCCCGUACACUUGCGCCACUGUUCAUGAAAUCCAGCGCCAUGCUAGCAUCGUUCCUCUCGGCGUGGUGCACCAAACCUCACAACCAGCAGAGCUACGAGGAUACCACCUGCCCAAGGGAUCUGAGAUCCUGGUCAACUUAACAGCCAUAUUAGCUGACAAAGACCACUGGAAGUAUCCAGACACAUUCAACCCAGAGAACUUUCUGGAUGAAAAAGGACAGUUCUGCAAAAACGAUGCCUUUAUGCCGUUCUCUCUGGGUCCGAGGGUGUGUCUGGGUGAGUCUCUAGCAAAGACGGAGCUCUUCAUCUUCUUCACCUCUCUGAUCCAACGCUUGAAGUUCUCAUGGCCUCCUGGAGCUCCACCCCCAAACAUGGAUGGCGUUGUGAGCAUAGUUCGUUCUCCAUUCCCCUUCAAUAUGAUCUGCCGCAGCAGAGGGACCACCCACUGAGUCAAGUUUGGCCUUUGUGUGUUACUACGAACAACCAGGGGUGAAUGUACAACACCUGCCAUUCCAGAAUAAUCAUAUGCACAAGAGUUCUUUUUAUACACUUUUCCUAACGGUGUGUUUUAUUUGGUUGAAAAGGAACGUUGCCCAUUCCAUACAUAAAUUGCAGCACAAAUGUCUGAGACCACAUUAAACAUCAGAGAUAUCUUUCCAUUGAAACUUGGAAAUCAGCUACAAAACAUGUUUUGGAUUUUGAGUUGAAACUUGAAAAACAUGAAACAGAUUUAAGAUUGUGCAUUUGCUAGAACACAAAAAGAAAACAAGCACCAGAUAGGCUGCAAAAACCACUUAAAGCUUGGGCACAAGAUUUGAAGUGAAAUACACAAAAGUGCUCUACAAAAUGUUUAACUGAUUGUACUCACUGCUUUAUAAAGUAGUAAUUGCUCACUGGCUAAUUAGCAGUUACUGAACUGAUAGGCUUAAUAAAGCCACAAUAGUUGAAACCUAAGAUGAUGUGCAAAUGAUGUAUUGUACAUAAAUAAAAAUGCUCUGAAAAGUACAUCAUUCAAAUUAUAUGUUGUUUAAUAAAGUAGUAAUAAGCACCCAGUUAAUAAGAAGCUAUUGGCUUGAUAAGUCUUAAAAAAAGAUCGUUAUAAUGUCUCCUAGACUGAACUGUUACUGAAACUACAGCUUUAAUGAAUGAACUCUGUUAUCAGGUCAGGGCUGAAGGGAAUGCAGGUGAAGAGAGAGAGUUCAAAGAUCAUGACAUCAUAUGGUGUGUGUGUGUGUGUGUGUGUGUGUGUGUGUGUGUGUGUGUGUGUGUGUGUGUGUGUGUCUGUUUGUGUCUCUGUCUGUCAGUCUGUCUGCAUAACCAAAUACAUCAAAGAACACAGACUGGUCUCAUUUUAUUAAAUGCUCAUAAUAACUGUAUUAAUAAUUAAUAAAACACAUAACACAGUGUAACUGGUACUGGUGCAUUAGUACAGCUUAUGUAAAUACACAUGGGUUUCAACUUCAGUUUCUACUUAUAUAAUUACAUAAGUGUAUCUUCAUAGCAGUAACAACAUAUUUUGUUUAUGUAAUUACACAUGUAUAAUAGGCUAAACUGCCAUUUUUCACAGGCGUAUUACUACAGUGAGCUAGUUAGGCUUGUUGACAUUUCCUGAGCAAACUACAAUGUAAAUACUCUCACAAUGUAGGUAAGAAUCAGGUACCAACAUUGUUACAAUUCAGUGUCAAUAAAACAGCAGUUGAUGUAAUUAUCCUCACAUUGAUUGUUGACUGAUUAUUACUGUAGUGUUCCAGGUGGUUGUCAUGUAGUUGUCUAGCCAACUUCAAAUAAUUAAAGUGAAUCUGACCACAACAUUUGAGUAAAAUGCAUAGAGCUUCUUAUUGAGUAGGUCAGCAGGUUACUGAAAGCAAAACAGCCACAUGGAAUUGGGGAAGAGCACCUGCUCUUUCCAAAUACACAAAUAUGAUGGUAAAUAUUUGCCUAGUGUACUUUACACUAGGCACACUGGUAGCUAUGAAGUUUGACAACACCUACGUUACCUUAACCUCCUCUGGAAUCAAGUCAUUGGAACAUUUCCUCCACUGGAGGGCGAUGUUGUGCUUUCAGGCUGAUCCAGAAGGAGUUAAACCUGCACCAUAUAUAAAGUUGAAAGAGGUCUGAGAUCAGCUUAAAGGUGCCUACUAGCCAUUUGUUUAGCACGGUGUGUUUUAAAAAGUCAUUAACAUUUAACAACUUUCUGUGUGUGAGAACUGAAAGCAUUUUAAUUUGGAGGGAUCCAUUCAUUAAUGUGAUGUUAAUAAUGUGGAUUAAUAAGAAACAAU